AUGUCGGUCGAUGCCAUCCUCGCUCGCAAUGCUAUCGAUUUAUCAAGAGAGGUAGAGGUGGAGAGAAUCAUUAAGGCUUUCAAACUCAACCCGUAUGAAAUCUUGGAUCUCCCUGUCUCUGCUACUGCCGCGGAAGUGAAAAAGCAGUACCGUAAAAAGUCCUUGCUGAUACAUCCCGACAAGUUUACUCAUCCUGACGCGGACAAGGCUUUUGAUUUUCUUAAAAAGGCUGAGGCUCAACUUUCCGAUGAUAGUAAACGUAUAGAAAUUGACGCUAUUAUGAGACACGCACGUGAAACAGUGAUCAAAUCAAUACUCGGUAGUGGCUUUUCGACGAAAAUUACAGAUGACGAUCCGAAAUUACAAAAUCUCAAACCCCCAUUUGACCUUCAGGUAAGGAUGAAGGCUAGAGAUAUCUUGGUAGAGGAUGAACUGGCUCGUCGGAGAAAACAAAAAGUUUCGUACGCCAAUGAAGGAGCAGAAAAAGCAAAGGUUGAAGCUGAAGUGAACGAGAGGAAACGUAAACAGGAAGAACAUCAUAAUUGGGAAGAAAGAAGAGAAGAACGCAUUGGUCAAUGGCGAGAGUUUAAUGCCAAGAAGACAAAAAAGUCAAAAAAGAAUAUUCACGUUCUCGGUUGA